UUUGUAUUCUUUGCAAAGAACAAACUAAAAGAAAUGAUUAGAUCUAGAAAUAGAAUAGAAUGUAUUUCAUCCUGAGAAGUGGGGAAAAAGUCGUUAUAGGAGUAAUGCUUUAGAAAUAUUGCAAUUAAUGUUGUAAUUAUUGUUGUAUUUAUUGUUCCAUCUAAAUAAUGCCAUUUGCUUUAUAUAAUAGCUUAAGUUAUGGUUGGACAUACAAGAUCCAUGCGAAUCGCCCAACGCAUUCUAGACUAAAUGUAGUAACAUUUGUAGCCAAUUCAACUUCCCUCUUCAGUAUGUGCCACUGUUUAGGUUGCAGGUAUACAAAGGGUUCGAUUCUUUGUGUCUCCCUCUUUGUCCUAGCUGCUUCAUCAGCACAGGAACUUCGCCAGGAAGAAAUCUUUUUCCCAGAUACACUUAGCCUGCGCCAGUACUGCGGAAAACACCUCAAGGUCAAUAAAGCUAUGAGGGUGGAAUUGAAAGAGAGCCCUCUUGUUUCGCCCUGCAUCCUACAGGUCAGCUCCACUAACGGCAGCUUGCUCGCUACAUUUGUCAACUUUCAUUAUAGGAAUACAUAUAUACGCUGUGACGAGACGAUCCAACUAUGUAGCCCCCGAAAAUGUUUCUUUGAGCAUGACGGAUAUUGUGGAGAGACGAGACCACAGGUUGUUUACAACUUAGAUUCAAACGGCACUCUGACCUACACCUAUAAUGUAGACGACUACAAGGUCAUGACUUUCACCAUACUGUUUACCGAAGCACUCCUUCUCCGUGGUACCGCAAAGGGAGGAUGCCCAAAUAAUUUGUUUGACUGCAGCUCUGCAGGCAUAUGCAUCGAUCCUUCCUUAGCCUGCAACAAGAAUGAAGAUUGCCCAGACGGCGAGGAUGAGCUGGACUACUGCUGGGUCACGACUCUCAGGACUCUGGUCUUCCUUUCCGUCAUCCUGAUCGUUCCAGGGAUCACGUUCUCGGGCGUCUACUAUAUCGUGAAGAAGAUGAUGCUGAAGAAGGUUGAGAAGCUGAGGUACACUGACAUCAUUCAGCAGCAAGGGUCUCCGUCAUCUCAGCAGUCCCUGCAACGGUCUGUGGAUACCUCCGGCUCAUUCUGUAAUGUCAUCACGUCUUGCGAGGACAGUCUUUCUGACUUCACCUUCCGAGACCAGGACUCAAUGCUAUCAAGUGUAGCCGGCGAUCUGGAGACAGAAGGGAGUGAUUCACUCAAAUCAAAAGAAAGUCAGAGGAUAGGGGAGUAAAGAAGGGAAACGACAAUGUGUUCAUUGACGCCGGUUGUGCCUCCAAAUUCUAUUUCCAAUCAUUUCUAAUUUUUUUUAAUUUGUAAAAAAAUAAUUUUACUAAUCAAGACAUGUAAAAAUAGAAUUAACACUGAGAGAAGAUGUAUACAUUAUUAUUUUUCUCUUUCUAUUCGUAUAUUAAUUGAUAGGCUUAAUAAAGCAAAGGUAUUUAAAUCUGCAAUUUGCAGGGAAAAAAAGACACAUUUCUCGGAUAUUUUUCUAUAAUCUUUCUAGAACAUUGUAAAAUACAGAAAUAUAGAUAGAAUGAACAGUUUGUUUUAUUUGCAAAAUUAGGGGGGGGGGGAGGGGGAAUUCCUCAAGCACCUUUUCUUGCCCACCAUUUCUAAUCACUUAGACUCCAAACUGGAACUGUCUCUUACACAUAUGUAAGUACUUAGAUUCUAAACUGGCCUCAUACAUCAUGGUCCAGGUAUCUGACAGCGUUUCCUAUCAUCGUAAAGGGCGAAAAGCCUACUUUCACUUGCACUAGUUCUAUCCUUCUAAGAUAGCUCGCACUUUCCAAACCUGUCAUGUUAUGUUUUAGCACCCUGCUAACUUACAGUGUUCAGGCUCUUUCCCUUUCUGCCUGGAAGUGUCUAUACCAGGGAUUGAACUUUUUUUUCACGUAUUCUAGAGUUGCAUCGAAAGUAAAUUUGCUUAGUCCCCCACCCCUCCCCUUGGUAAACUUAAAUUCUCGUUACUUAUGCAACCUCAUGUCACGAUGAUGAUUGGUUUAGAAAGAAGAGUGUACCUACAUUGGUUUUAAAUAAAUACCGUAUAAUCAUG